UUUUAUAGCUGGAACAUGAAAAUGCCCAGUUAAGAAAUAUAAAUUUCUCUUUGUCUGAAGGCCUUCAUGCCCACUCAUUGACAAGCAUGAUCCUGGAUGAUGAAGGUGUUUUGGGCAGCACUGAGAAUUCUUUUCAGAAGUUCCAUGCUUUCUUGGAUCUCCUUAAAGAUGCUGGGCUUGGGCAGCUGGCCACAAUGGCUGGUAUAGAUCAGUCAGAUUUUCAUUUACUAGGUCGUCCCCAGAUGAAUUCUACUGUUAGUAGUCCACCUAAAGAAGAAAAGAAGGCACUUGAAGAAGAAAAAUCAGAAUCAAAGCAGAGUGCCCCAGUACAAAUGCAAAAUCUCCAAUUUCAGAAAAUUACAGGUGAUGCUGGGAUUCCUUUGCCUCUCAACUCCUUCCAUGUCCCAGUCUCUACUCAGGAGGCCUUAGAAACUUCCAAAGACAACCUGGGGGUCCCAGUCACAGAGCAGCGGCAGGAGUCUUUUGAAGAUUUCAUUGCUAGAACAUGUUCUCCUUCAGCAGACGUCAUUUCUGGAACUGGAAGUCAAAGAAAAGAAGAGGAAUUAUCUAGAAAUAGCAGGUCUUCUUCAGAGAAAAUGAGCAAAGCAGGUGAAUAUACCAAAAAAUACUCUGCUAAGAAACAACCUGGGAAGGACCUGCAUUCCUGCUCUGACUCACCUGUAAAGCAGAAAAGCAAAGGAAUUGGACAAAAUAAUUCUUUGCUUAAUGAACCAAUUAGAAGUGAGUCUUCAAAAAAACACAUUUUUGUUAAGAAAGAGAGUAGAAUAGUGACUGUUUCAUCAAAGACAACUAAAAGUAAACUCAAUCUACUAGAACAUUUUGAAAGUGAUACUCUUGGAUCUGAUUGUGAAUUUCCAGAAAGCAUCCAUACUCCAUCAUGCCUAACAUAGGUCUAAAUCUUUUAAAAUCUUUUAAAAUUAUGUUUUUGCCUUCAAAUUUUAAUGUUACUUAUGUUUUUAUUAUAGCAUAUGGUGUUUUAAAAUACUUG